AUGUUCACUGCACGAGUUGCGGCGCCGCUCAGGCUGGCGCGUCACGCAAGUAUCAGGCCAUUCAGCACCUCGCGCCCGCUCGCCCGCCUGGACCUCUCCUACGACCUGCAUGAGCCGCCAAAGUCGCAAGGGUCCUCUACAACUGCUUCUGAGAAUGCUCCCAUUAUUAUGUUGCACGGCCUGUUCGGCUCCAAGAGAAAUAACAGGAGCAUAAGUAAGCAGCUUGCGCGCGACCUGAACCGCCCCAUCUACGCCGUCGACCUGCGCAACCAUGGCGACUCUCCGCACGACCCCCGCCACGACUACACGGCGCUCGCAGAGGACACGGAGGACUUCAUCGAGCACCACGGGCUGAGCGGCUCGACGCUGAUCGGGCACUCGAUGGGCGCGAAGACGGCCAUGGUCGUGGCGCUGCGGCGGCCGGAGCUGGUGCGCGACCUGAUCCCGGUGGACAACGCGCCCGUGGACGCGGCGCUCAAGAGCGACUUUGCGCAGUACGUGAAGGGCAUGAAGAAGGUGGACGCGGCGCAGCCCAAGAAGCAGAGCGAAGCCGACGCCAUCCUGAAGCCGUUCGUCGAGGAGAUGGGCGUGCGCCAGUUCCUGCUGUCGAACCUGGUGCGCGCGCCGGGGACCGACCACCUGCGCUUCAAGAUCCCCGUCGGCUACCUCGCCAACGCCCUCGACAACAUGGCCGACUUCCCCUUCACCAACCCCGACGAGACGCGCUUCAGCAAGCCGACCCUAUUCAUCCGCGGCACCAGGAGCCACUACGUCCCCGACGAAACCAUACCCAUCAUCGGCAGGUUCUUCCCGCUGUUUAAGAUGAAGGACGUGGAGUCUGGGCACUGGGUCGUUUCCGAGAACCCCGAGGGCUUUAGACAAGCCGUGCUCGAGUUCCUGCAGGAUCAAGAGUGA